CCGAGUACACUUAACAUAUCUCGGCCCUUAUGCGACAUGCACAUGGUGCAUGGACAUGAUAAUAGUGACAAGUAUAUGUCAGCCGAAAUGUAAAGCAGGACAAAAUUGUAAUCUGGAGCGGCCGAUUUUGUAUUUCAGUCAAAAAUACUUCGACAGGUGGACUAUACUUAACUUGUGUGAUUUAAAUUACAAGUUAUAUUAAUAUUUUUUAGAUAUAAUUUAGAUGUAUUUAAGUGAACAAAAAAGCAAUACAGUUUCAUAUUGAUAUAUGUCUGUAAUACCAUCGAGUGGGAUUUAAAUAUAUCCUUUAACGAUACAAUAGACUGUCAGAAAGCCCCUCAGAUUGAUGCGUUACUAGGGGACUGCGUCUUGUUGCGUCAAACAUGACCAUAUUGUGUCUUUUGUGCAUCAUCGCAUUGCAACUGACCGUGGUGUUCUCCAGCGCAGGAAAUGUAUGGACGUACAAAGAUUCACUUGGCCCGGAUCAUUGGCACUUAGACUACCCGAACUGCGGCGGCAUACGUCAGUCCCCUAUCGACCUGCAGACCCGAGAUGUGGUCGUUGACGAGACCUACCUGUCCCCUAUCAUCUUCUCCGGAUAUGACCGCGCCCCCAAACUCUUCUAUACCCUUGAAAACAACGGACAUACCGUGCAGGUGGGCCUGAACGACAAGACGAUGGAGAUUUCCAGUGGCGGCCUUAGGGACACGUACGUCGCCGAGCAGUUCCACUUCCACUGGGGAGCCACCGAAGAGCGGGGAUCAGAGCACUCUCUUAAUGGAAAACACUUUCCCAUGGAGAUGCACAUCGUUCACUAUAACAAGAGGUACGAAAAUUUCUCCUCCUCCGUUGACAAGUCGGACGGCUUGGCAGUGCUCGGCUUCUUCUUUGAGAUUGGGCGAUUUAACAAACAUUUUCAAGAAAUUAUCGACCACUUUGUCGAGAUACAGUACAAAAACGAAAAUAUCACUAUCAACUCCAUUCCCUUGAUAGACUUGAUGCCUGCUCGUCUUACCCAUUACUUCCGCUACUUGGGUAGUCUGACCACGCCCCCUUGCUAUGAAAGUGUCACGUGGACCAUUUUUAAUGAGACCAUUGAAAUAGCAGAGGAGCAGCUGGUGGAAUUCCGCACCACCAUCUUCGAAAACGACAAGAGCGACGGCGGCGUUCCCAUCGACAUUACUGACGACUACCGGCCUGUCCAGUGCAUGUUCCGACGCCGACUGUACGCCAGUCACCCAUCCCUGAAAUACGACAUGGAGGCAGGGAAAACAAUAACUAGCGGCGCCUCCAAUGUACUGAGCCGUCUCGUUUUCACUUAUUUUGUUUGCGUAUGUUCUUUUGUAACAUUAUUGUUUCUCUGAUUAGCUGAGUAGUUUCAUUUUGUAGGUGUUAUUUCAUUAUGCAUAUACAUUUCAUACGUUUUUUAAACAUCUUUCUUUAGACCAGAAUUUUGGUAUUGAGUGGAAUAAGGUAUAUUUGAUAACUGUAUAUAUCUAUUCGGCAUGUAUAGUUUGCCACUAGAACUUAGCCUACUGUGUACAUUAAUGAGCAGUUGUGUUACUUACCAAAAAAAGGUGAUUUGUGUGCAUAAAAAUUACAACACUUAAAAACUGAAUGGAACUUAAUUUCACAAACUCUAUGUUUAUUGGCAUAAUUAAAUAAAUAAAUGCAUAGCUUAUAACGAUACUGUAAAGUUUACUUCAAUAUUUAAAACUGUAAUCAACUUCGUAUUAUUUUGCCUUAAGCUUACAUUUCCGUAACUUUGAAUGGUACCCGAGUAUGUCCGUAAAACUGCGAAAAUGUGGUCAAAAUCAAAACAAGAUAUUGUGCCACAUUUUGGACUUAGUUUUAUGAUAGGAAUAUAACUCGUUGCUUAUUAUACGAGAUGUCCCAUACUCGAAUCCCGCAAAAAGCAAAUUUUGUUAUUUUUAUCUAAUGUUUUUUAUGUUUUGCUUUUAUAAUGACUGUUGAUUGUUCCGAAUAAUGUUAAGUUGUAAAUAAUUAUAUUAAAUAAAAGUUUAAAACGCAAA